AUGGAAGAUUUACCUGAAAAAGGCCAAAUAUUUUUGGAAGAACAUGAAAUUCAGGGGUUGGUAUCUUUUGAGGACAUUGCUGUGGACUUCACCUGGGAAGAGUGGCAGGAACUGGAUGAUGCCCAGAGAACUUUGUACAGAAAUGUGAUGCUGGAGACUUACAGCAACCUGGUGUCACUGGUGCACUGCAUUACCAAACCUGAAGUGAUCUUCAGGUUGGAGCAACAAUCAGAGCCAUGGAUGACAGAAGAAUCUCCAAACCUGCACUUACAAGAUGUUCUGAUUGCCAAAGGUCUAAAUACCAAAAGCCAAGAAGGCCAUGGAACAUAUUUGUGGCAAGACAUAAUUCCUAACAGCAAUAUAUCUGCUGAGGAGAGAGUUGAGUUAGAAAAAACAUUUUAUCUGAGCUCAAACCAGGUUUCAAAUCCAGUUAUAAAUGACUUCAACAAACAUAAGGAAAAUCAUGUACAAAAAAGGAUCUAUGAAUGUAAUGAAUGGGUAAAAACGUUUCAGCAGAAGUCAAGCCUCAGUAGGCAUCAUAGAACUCACGUUGGUGAGAAACCAUAUGAAUGUAAAGACUGUGGAAAGUCUUUCUACUAUAUAUCAGACCUCACAGUACAUCAGAGAACUCACACAGGUGAAAAACCAUAUGAAUGUCGUGAAUGUGGAAAAGCCUUUCAGAGGAAUUCACACCUCAGCAGGCAUCAGAGGACUCACGUAGGUGAGAAACCAUAUGAAUGUAAAGACUGUGGAAAGUCUUUCUACUAUAUAUCAGACCUCACAGUACAUCAGAGAACUCACACAGGUGAGAAACCACAUGAAUGUAAAGACUGUGGAAAGUCUUUCUACUCCAAGUCACAACUCAGUGUACAUCAAAGGACUCACACGGGUGAGAAACGAUAUGAAUGUAAAGAAUGUAGAAAAUCUUUCUACCAUAAAUCACACCUCAGGAUACAUCAAAGAACUCACACAGGUGAGAAACCAUAUGAAUGUAAAGACUGUGGAAAGUCUUUCUACUAUAAAUCAGACCUCACAAUACAUCAGAGAACUCACACAGGUGAGAAACCAUAUGAAUGUAAAGACUGUGGAAAGUCUUUCUACUCUAAGUCACAACUCAGUGUACAUCAAAGGACUCACACGGGUGAGAAGCCAUAUGAAUGUAAAGAAUGUAGAAAGUCUUUCUACGUUAAAUCACAACUCAGUGUACAUCAAAGAACUCACACAGGUGAGAAGCCAUAUGAAUGUAAAGACUGUGGAAAGUCUUUCUACUCUAAGUCAAAACUCAUUGUACAUCAGAGAACUCACACAAGUGAGAAACCAUAUGAAUGUCGUGAAUGUAGAAAAGCGUUUAAGAGUAAGUCAGAUCUCAGCAGGCAUCAGAGAACUCACACAGGUGAGAAACCAUAUGAAUGUAAAGAUUGUGGAAAGUCUUUCUACUAUAAAUCAGACCUCACAGUACAUCAGAGAACUCACACAGGUGAGAAACCAUAUGAAUGUAGUGAAUGUGGAAAAGCCUUUAAGAGUAAGUCACAACUCUGCAAACAUCAAAGGACUCACAUAGGUGAGAAACCAUAUGAAUGUAAAGACUGUGGAAAGUCUUUCUACUGUAUAUCAGACCUCACAGUACAUCAGAGAACUCACACAGGUGAGAAAUCAUAUGAAUGUAGUGAAUGUGGAAAAGCCUUUCAGAGGAAUUCACACCUCAGCAGGCAUCAGAGAACUCACAUAGAUGAGAAACCAUAUGAAUGUAGUGAAUGUAGAAAAGCGUUUAGGAGUAAGUCAUAUCUCAGCAGGCAUCAGAGAACUCACAUAGGUGAGAAACCAUAUGAAUGUAAAGACUGUGGAAAGUCUUUCUACUAUAAAUCAGACCUCACAGUACAUCAGAGAACUCACACAGGUGAGAAAUCAUAUGAAUGUAGUGAAUGUGGAAAAGCCUUUCAGAGGAAUUCACACCUCAGCAGGCAUCAGAGAACUCACAUAGGUGAUAAACCAUAUGAAUGUAGUAAAUGUUGAAGAUCCUUUCAUGAGAAGUUAAAAUUCAGCAUGCAUCAGAGAAUUCACACAGGUGAGAGACCAUAUGAAUGUAAAGAAUGUGGAAAAGCCUUUCAGAGGAAUUCACACCUCAGCAGGCAUCAGAGAACUCACAUAGGUGAUAAACCAUAUGAAUGUAGUAAAUGUUGAAAAUCCUUUCAUGAGAAGUUAAAAUUCAGCAUGCAUCAGAGAAUUCACACAGGGAAAAGGCCCUAUGAAUGUAAUUAGUGUGGAAAAACCAUCAAACAUAAUUCAAACCUCAACACACAUCAUAGAAUCCACACAGGUGAGAGUCCAGAUGAAUGUACAGAAUGUGGAAAAGCCUUUCAGAGGAAUUCACACCUCAGCAGGCAUCAGAGAACUCACAUAGGUGAGAAACCAUAUGAAUGUAGUGAAUGUAGAAAAGCGUUUAAGAGUAAGUCAUAUCUCAGCAGGCAUCAGAGAACUCACAUAGGUGAGAAACCAUAUGAAUGUAAAGAUGUGUAA